AUGUCGUUCUUUUUGACCAGGUCGGUGUACGACGGUCGGGAACAUGGCCUCUUCAUGGAGAAGCUGGACGCGCGGAUCAGGAACCACGACCGAGAGAUCGAGAAGAUGUGUAACCAUCACUUCCAGGGGUUCGUCGACUCCAUCACAGAGCUGCUCAAAGUGCGAGGGGAGGCGCAGAAACUGAAGAGUCAGGUGACUGAGACCAACAGGAGGCUUCAGGAUGAUGGCAAAGAGAUCAUCGGCUCGAUGGAGGAGCUGCAGCAGUGUCGUGUGCAGCAGAGAAACAUCGCCACCACCAUCGACAAACUGACACACUGCUUACCAGUGCUGGAGAUGUACAGCAGACUUCAGGAGCAGAUGAAGGCCAAAAG